AUGUUGAAUGGAUUGAUAAAGGGACCUCGAGGUACACCACUAGCACAAAACACUAUAUUCGGUUGGAUUUUGACCGGUGAAUCAUCGGGGCCGCUCUCUGUUAGCAAAGAAACUGUGCGCGUGCUAAACGUUUCGGUAGAGCACAGCCUGUCGAGUUUGUUAUCUAAGUUUUGGGAGAUCGAAGAGAUUGACGCGCCUAAGCCGUUGUCUCCUGAAAAUCUUUACUGGCAUAUGGAGCCAGUUCCAAAGCAUGAUAGUAAUAAAUCGUCGUACUACAUGCCACACCAUGCCGUUUUUCGCCAAGGGAACCCGGAUAAAAUUCGUGUAGUUUUUAACGCCUCACAGCGGGCAUCGUCGGGUCAGUCUUUAAAUGACUUUCUCUUGCCAGGGCCGAAGCUCCAAUCGGAUAUAACAGUCGUCAUUAUGCAUCAUGAUGAUAUCGAUUGGCAGCGAAUAGUUUGGAGGCCGGAUCGCUCUCAACCUAUUCAAGACUACAGGGCAACAACCGUGACGUAUGGCACCGCUUCGGCGCCGUAUUUGGCUCUCAGAGUUCUCCAGCAGCUGGCUCAUGACGAGGGUGGUGCAUAUCCGGAAGCGGCAAUCAUCCUACGUCAUCAGAUGUAUGUCGACGAUGCAUUCGGCGGAGCUGACGACGUGGGGUCUGCUCUACGCUGCAGGGAUCAGCUCAUCACGGUUUUGAAAUCGGUUGGCAUGUUGUUGAGUAAGUGGGCAGCCAACGAUGCUGCGCUGUUGGGAGGCUUGGACUCGCUGGCUGACUCUGAAAUUGCGUUCAAAGUCGAGGAGAGUGUAUCUGCGCUGGGACUUUUGUGGCAGCCAAGGGACGACGUCUUUGAUUUAAGAAUUGAAUGGGCAUCAGCUGGAUCGGAGCUGACCAAAAGAGGAAUUCUUUCAGAUAUUUCACGAUUAUUUGAUCCUAUGGGUUGGCUGGCCCCUGUAUUGAUUACAGCGAAAAUUGUGUUACAGGAUGUUUGGCUUUCAGGGGUCGAUUGGGACGAUCGCGUGCCUGGAGAGCUGUGUAAGAAAUGGUCUGGUUUUCGAUCGUUGCUCCGAGAUCUUACUAAGAUCAAAAUACAGAGGUGGAUUGGAGGGGCCGAAACAGAUGGAUGGACUUUGCAUGGCUUUGCAGACGCUUCCAAGCGCGCAUAUGCGGCAGCAAUAUAUGCUGUACUACCCGGAUGCUCGUCUACUUUAUUAAUAGCAAAGACAAAGAUUGCACCAGUCAAGGUGCAAUCACUUCCUAGGCUUGAAUUAUGUGGUGCUCAUCUGCUGGCUCGCUUAAUUGGAGGUACCCUGGCUCGGUUGAGAAGACCGCCGGACGAAAUUCACUUAUGGACAGAUUCAAGGGUGGUUUUGGAUUGGCUGGCCUCGCACCCGUCUCGCUGGCAGACAUUUGUUGCCAACCGUGUUAGCGAGAUAGUAUCAUCGCUUCCCCAGGCACAAUGGCAUCACGUCCGUUCGGCUCAGAAUCCUGCAGACUGCGCUACUCGAGGAGUCACGCCGGCUCAGCUCUCAACGCAUGAUCUCAGGUGGAGGGGACCUGCUUGGUUGGUUCUAUCAAGUUCAGAAUGGCCAAUGCUCGACGUCGGUGAUCGUGCGGAAUCGUUAUUGGUGGAGCAGAGGGAGGCUGAAGUUGCUGUAUGUGUGGCGCACUCCGACGAGGGGUUGAAUGUGGUAACCAAGCUUGAGAAAUAUUCAAGUUUCUCACGAAUACUUAGAAUUUUAAGUGGAGACGCUUUGGAUCAUCUGGCGUUGACUCCUGGACAUUUUUUGGUCGGAUCUGCCUUGCUGUCGUAUCCUGAGCCGUACGAUAAGUCACAUUGUUCCACUAGUUUGAAUCAUCGCUGGAAGCAGAUUGUUAAUAUCCGAAACUCAUUUUGGUCUCGUUGGCGAAAAGAGGUGUUGAAUCAGCUUCAACAGCGCAAUAAGUGGCUUAAGCAGGCUCCAAACUUCGAACAGGGGGACGUCGUAUUGGUUAAGGACGAGCUUGCUCCACCAGCUUAG